GUAACCUACUGCAUGCGUCCAAUCGAAUUUCUCUUAUUUAUUGAAUUUGACCAAGGAAUCAGUUGAUUUUUAAGCAUUUAACUGGAUACCCAUCUUUUGUUUUGUGCGUUUCGGUGCCGUUUGCGGGCUACUAACCAUCUGAUUUUAUGAUUUAUUGCACACUCAUCUGAUUUUGAUGCCUUUUACUGCAUACCCAUAUUUGAUUUUUAUGGAUUUUAUAGCAAGUUCGUAUCUGAUUUUUGUGCAUUUUACUAUAGGACCACCUGUUGCAUAAUAGCGUAUUUCCUCUUGAUUUUCUCUUGGUUUUGGAUUUUUCGUUGGAAUAAUUGAUAGUUGUACUGUUCUAGAUCCAUACCCUGAGACCCAGGUUCUUUUGUGAACUGGCACACCUUUUGUUUUAAUUGCGUCGGUUAAUAGUAAUGUUGAAUUUUUUACCUUAAUUCCUUUUUUGUACUUGUGUGUGGGCUUGACUAUAAAACUCAAUAAACGUGUUGGGAAAUUAUAGGGUGAGGCAGAUCUGUUUUGGAUUAAUUAAUUUCAUGUUGUAUUUGAAGGCUUGGGAGCGAGGAGAAGAAUCAUUGCUAUAGAUCCAUAAAUUUUGGGCAUUGGGGUUUCUUAUAUUUUAACAUCAAGAACCCGAUCAAGGGAUAUCUUUGCCUUUCGUUGGAUUCUCAUGGCUGCUGUUUCCUCCCCUCAAAUUGGAACAAUCCAGCUUACCAGAUCCUCUGCGUGUUGUUCCCUCAACAUUGAUCAACCAAUCACCGGUUCUGUGCAACUUAAGAAGUGCAAGGGGUGGCCUGGGCAGUCUCUAAAGCAGCACAAUUCUUCCCUUGGUUUCAGAAAUCAGGCACGGAGACAAUCUGGGUUUCUGGCAAGAGCAAGUUUAGAGACUGUUGCCCCUACCAUUGGAAAAGUGACUGAAGUGGGAAAAGAUACCUUCUGGCCUGCUGUCAAUGCUGCUGGUGACAAGAUUGUGGUGUUGGAUAUGUAUACGCAAUGGUGUGGUCCAUGCAAGAUUAUUGCUCCAAAAGUGGAGCAACUGUCAGAGAAAUACUCGGAUGUUGUUUUUAUGAAGCUUGACUGCAACAUAGAGAACAAGCCGUUGGCAAAGGAAUUGGGUGUUAGGGUUGUUCCUACUUUUAAAAUUUUGAAGGGCAAAAAGGUUGUUAAAGAAGUGACAGGUGCCAAAUUGGAUGAUCUGGUACAGGCCAUUGAGACUGUCAAAGCAAGUUCAUAAAUUAUGAAUUGGACAGUUGCGUUGAGUUUCAAGGUUUCUGUAAAUUAAUUACACAAUAAGGGGUUUUUUAUUUGAACAGAAUUUAGUCUGUUCUUUAAAUUGAAGUUGGCAUUUCUGUUGUCUUUGUAGGAGCAUGGAAUUGUAACUACCUUUUCAUUUCAUACUUCGAGUUUCAGUAAUAGCUGUUUGAAAGAUGUCAGACAAAGGGACGAUUUAAUGUAAAAGAUCUGACAAAAACAGACUGUACACCAAAAAUUAUUCAUAAAAAUUGGUGGUAGUUCAUACACUUACUUAAUCUUUAAUUAUCUUUAAAAUUCUUGGAGAUAAUUAAUGGUCUGAAUAUAAUCUAUCCGCAUCGCUUUUGCAUCA